AUGACCGAAAAAAAUUGGAGUGAUACCGAUUUGCUAUCUUAUAUUGUGGAUUUCAUUCUGAAACACAAAUUUUUAUAUGACUGUCCCAAUGUCAAGUUUUUAUCAAACAAUUUGUGGGAACGCAUACCGCGCAAUUGGCUAGAAUACCUAGAAAAGCUGAACAACGAAGAACUCAAUCUGUUUCCUUUUCAGAAACCGACGCCAUACUGUCCUGAGACUUUGCUCGAAUUUCAUGUUGCCAGUAAUGAAAUAUUUAUACAUCAAAGUAAUUCUUGUUUGGCAGCAGUUUUGCCUGAUAAUUUGUCGCAGUUCGAUACACCUUUGAUUCAAGGGAAUAGUUGUAUGACUGUCAAAAAACGCCAUGAAAUUGAAAACUUCACAGUUUUGCUUAUGGCAUAUUGCAAACUUUACGGCAUCAAUCGUAUUGUGGAUGUUGGGUGUGGUGUGGGACAUUUGAUCAAAGAGUUAUCACGGCAUUGCAAAGUCGUUGGAAUUGACUGUAAUGAAAAGUUUUGCCAACGUGCCAGGAAAUGUUGCACAUACGCCGAAAUUAUUUGUUUGACUAUCAUUUGUGAUGGUACAGAAGAUCAAAAACUAUUAGAAUUUCUUUCAGGAGAUGAGCAUGAUCGAACUGCAGUAGUUUCAUUGCAUGGAUGUGGUGAUCUCCAACCAACACUCUUACGUCACUUCUGCAAGUUGGACCGUAAUCGAGUGCCACUUGUUUUUACAAUUCCAUGUUGUUAUCACAAAAUGUCAAAUUUAAAAAAGGAAAUGUUUCAUUGGGCAAUGAGCAACGAACUAAAACAACGAUCCAUUUCCUGUGAAGUGUUACCAGUGAGUGCGCUAAGAUUGGCUUGUCAAAAGCACAUUUCCAAUUGGCCUACUUCUGAUAAAGAUCGAAAAAAGCAUACAAAAGAUUUUAUCAGUCGAGCUUUACUGGAAUGUCUAUACGACAAACACAAGGACUUACUACCACCAUGUCGUAAGCUAAAUUGUCGUUUUGAUGACGUUAAAGAUACUGGAGUUAAGUUAGCAUCUCGACUAGGAUUGAGCGAAAAUGCUGUUUUACAAACUGAUCGGUUGUACAGAAUGAUCUACACUGACCAAGAACCGUAUUUCGCAUAUGUUGAACCUUUUACGCUUUUGCAAACGAUGAUGCAGACACCAUUAGAAAUGUUUGUUUUAUUGGAUCGCUUAUUCUUUUUGAGAGAACAUGGUUAUUCUGCUUAUAUUUUGUCCGUAUUUAAUCCAAAAAUUUCUUCAAGACACCUUUGUAUUAUAGCUUCACCUUCUUGA